AUGCUCACCGGGGAAAACAGGAAACAACAACGCAUGUCGGGCACAUCUCCUCCACAUCUUACACCACUCCGGUGCAAAAUCUUGCCAAUUAUCAAUAUUCCACUGGUCGUCGACCCUUUUUUGAUGCCAAGGAUCCAAGCAAGUUGGGUCAGACAGAAUAUCUUGAAGCAUGCCGAACUGCAUUUUAACUCGAUCAGUGGAAAUGGAAUAUUCCGUCAUCUAUUCUGGGCAUUCCAACCAUGCAUCAGAGGGUUUGCGUUUUGCAAACCUAUUAUUGAAAUAGAUGGAACAUAUUUGUACGGGAAAUACAAAGGCACCCUACUGAUGGCAGUCGCACAAGAUGACAACAGUAACGUCUUCCCAAUUGCCUUUGCUCUAGUCGAGGGAGAGAGCGGUGGGGGUUGGAGUUUCUUUCUCAAAAAUUUCAGAACACACGUGGCUCUGCAACCUUGUCUCUGUUUGAUCUCUGAUAGAUAUGCUUCUAUUGUGAGUGCAUACAAUAACCCGACUAAUGGUUGGCAUGACUCCCCUUCUACGCAUGUCUUCUGCAUUAGACAUAUUGUACAAAAUUUCACGCGAGAGAUUAAAGACAGAGCUUUUCGCAAUUUGGUUAUGAACGCAUGGUAUGCAUUAACUCAACCAUCGUUCAAACAUUAUCGCAGAGAGAUCAGAUUAUCAAAUCCAAAUGCAGGUAGUUGGAUUGAUAAUAUUCCAGUGGAGAAAUGGACUAGGUCAUACGACAAUGGACAACGAUGGGGACACGUGACAACAAAUCUUAUUGAAUCAAUGAACGGUGUCUUCAAAGGCAUACGAAACCUCCCUGUAACCACUUUGGCAAAAUCAACAUAUUUUAGGAUGGCUUCGUUGUUUGCACAAAGAGGUGAAAGGUGGGACGCGGUGUUACGAGCUGGACAAUUGUGGAGUGAAUGUUGCACAAGAUUUAUCAAGGCAGAAGGUGCCAAAGCCAACACACAUAUGGUUACGACGUUGACUGACAUAACCAAAAUUUCAUGGUCAAAGAGACAAUCGACCAUAACGAGGGGCUACCAAGACAAGACAUGUGUCCAUUCUCACUUAGAUGCAUUAACACUUUUGUCUCCCAUUUACAAGUCUGAGACCUUGAUCCACGUAUACAACAAUGGCUUUGCAGUGGUAGCAAAAGAGGAUUAUUGGCCUGCGUACGAGGGGAAAAUUGUUGGGCACAAUGACCAAAUGCGGAGAAAUAAAAAGGGCCGUCCCAAAAGUAAGCGUAUCACAACUGAAAUGGACGAGUUUGACAAGCUAGAAAGAAAAUAUGGUUUAUGUCGUCAAGUCGGACACAAUUAA